AACAUUCAAGGCAACAACAAUUUGCGUAGCUACCAAGCAAAAUUUUUUCGUGGCCAUAAUAAAUUGUGUUUUUCUCAAACAAUCAUCAUAAGCUGGUCGAACAACUUUCGCAGCGAUUUCAUAUUUUAAAAUAGGCAAACUGCGUGAUUUUCACAGUACGGUUUUAGAACGCCAACAAAGCAAACGAGCUGGUAAAAAUUAACGGAAAACUAAGAAAUAAUAAAUAAAGAGAAAACCGGCCCAUAAGGCUUAAGCUACAGCCUACAGUGAAAGGAUUAUAAAAAGGAUAAUAUUAAUUUUCAUUUCUUUUGAAGCACCCAUACACGCACAUACAUACACAAAUACAGCGCCAACAGGAUGCCCUUAAGAAAGAAAAGUGAUUAUAUACCCAUCAAAUGUGAGGGUUGGAAUGGCAAAUUCGUUUAUGAUAAUGGCGCAGCGAAUAAUGUUUCCAAAGUACGUCGACACAAUCAAAAUGUUACGGAUACCUCCAAUUUCUACGGUUACAGCAACGAGCCGAUCGUUUUGCCUGUAAGCUGGGAUGGCACAUUCGCCAAAAGCGGUGAAACACGCAUACAACCGGAUCGUAAUCGUUCCGAUGACGCUGAAUAUUAUCAAUACAAUACAGAACCCACAAUUUUGCCAACACAAUGGAGUGGUGAAUUUCAACUAGAUCCCAAUGAUAUACGUAUCAAGCCGGAGCGAAAUUUCUCAGACCCACGGGACUAUGCGGAAGCGAAUCGUUUCAAGCGCGUUAGUUAGAUGGAGAGAUAGAAGUUGAAACUGGUGUUUCCAGGUGUUCAGCGCUGAAAAUUGUUUAAGUGUUUGUUUUCUUUUUCUUACUAACAACGCAUUUUUUGUGAAUUACUACAAAUACAUACAUAUACACGGUUUUCCCUUCACAGUACACCAACAGCGACAGAUUGAGUUUCGUUGAACUGGAUGAACUAUAAUUAGUGAAUUUUCGCAAUUUUCUUAUAUUGCGCUACUAAAUGAAAAGUUUUAGAUUUGGAGAUUGUGAUUGUGUUUGUAAAGAAA